AGGAUUCGCAUCGGGAGCGCGCACUGGCUGUUCGGAGAAAAAAAGGCAGAGCGGAGCGCGUCCCCGAGGCUUUGACCCACCAAAUCUCCGGAUCUCCAGACAUCAGCGGUGACGAUGGUGCUGCAGCUGCCGCGGGGGCUCGAGCCCUCAGCCCGGCCGUGUUUCUCCUGAGCGCUCCGGCGGGCGAAUGCCCUCCGCCAAACCGGCGAGGAUGUAUUUUCACCGGCGACCGAAGAAGAUCCACAGCGAGGGAGAGCAGUUAGUGUUGACCCCUCUUAGCCAGGAGUCACCCUGCCGGCAGGACCAGCCCAUGAGCUCCAACAUGUGCUCCCGCCUGGCAGACAGGUUUGAGAAAAGACCCGCUUGCUCGUCCACCGGCUACCGCAAGGCAGACGAUGAGAUGUCCGGGACCACAUCCCAGACGGAGCCCAUCGACGCCACAGCCCGAACCGUCCUCCUCAACCGGCCUCAGAAUACCAAAUUCUGCGACAAUCAUGUCAGCACAACAAAGUACAGCAUCCUCACCUUCCUGCCUCGCUUCCUGUACGAGCAGAUCCGGCGAGCCGCCAAUGCUUUCUUCCUCUUCAUCGCCCUGAUGCAGCAAAUCCCGGAUGUCUCUCCAACGGGUCGCUACACCACCCUGGUGCCACUCAUCUUCAUCCUGACCGUGGCUGGAAUCAAGGAGAUAAUUGAGGACUAUAAAAGGCACAAAGCAGACAACACAGUGAAUAAAAAGAAGACGACAGUCUUGCGUAAUGGAGCAUGGCAGACCAUAAUCUGGAAACAGGUGGCAGUGGGAGACAUAGUGAAGGUGACCAAUGGGCAGCAUCUUCCCGCUGACAUGGUCAUAGUGUCCUCCAGUGAGCCUCAGGCCAUGUGCUACACCGAAACAUCCAACCUGGAUGGAGAAACCAACCUCAAGAUCCGACAAGGUCUCUCUCUAACGGCCGCUGUUCAGUCCGUGGAGGAACUGAUGGCUCUUUCUGGCCGGCUGGAGUGUGAAGGACCAAAUAGACACCUGUAUGACUUCACUGGCACACUGCGCCUGGACAACCACAAUCCAGUUCCUCUUGGCCCAGACCAGGUUUUACUCCGCGGUGCCCAGAUUCGAAACACACAGUGGGUUGUGGGUAUAGUAGUCUACACUGGUCAUGACUCCAAACUCAUGCAGAACUCCACUAAAGCCCCUCUGAAGCGCUCGAAUGUGGAGCGUGUGACUAACGUGCAGAUCCUGGUGCUGUUUGGGAUCCUCCUGGUGAUGGCUUUGGUGAGCUCCAUCGGGGCAGCUAUCUGGAACAACCAGCACACUGACGAGGCCUGCUGGUACCUCUUCCGCGCAGGUGACAUCUCCCUUAACUUCUGGUACAAUCUACUGACCUUCAUCAUUCUGUACAACAACCUGAUCCCCAUCAGCCUGCUGGUCACACUGGAGGUUGUCAAAUUCACACAGGCACUUUUCAUCAACUGGGAUGUGGAGAUGUAUUAUUCUGAGACUGAUACACCUGCCAUGGCUCGGACAUCCAAUCUGAAUGAAGAACUCGGCCAGGUGAAAUAUCUAUUUUCUGAUAAGACGGGCACUCUGACCUGCAAUGUCAUGCACUUUAAAAAAUGCACCAUAGCUGGAAUUACAUAUGGGCACUUUCCUGAUCUGGACUGCGAUCGAUCCAUGGAGGAUUUCAGUAACCUCCCUUCCAGCAGCCACAACUCUACAGAGUUUGAUGAUCCUGCUCUCAUUCAAAACAUUGAAAAAAAUCAUCCCACCUCUCCUCAGAUCUGUGAGUUUUUGACGAUGAUGGCUGUGUGUCACACUGUCGUUCCUGAGCGAGAUGAAAAUCAGAUCAUUUAUCAGGCCUCCUCACCAGAUGAGGGAGCCUUAGUAAAAGGAGCCAAAAGCCUGGGUUUCGUGUUCACAGCAAGAACGCCACAUUCAGUUAUUAUUGAAGCGCGUGGGAAGGAGAUGACUUACGAGCUGCUUAAUGUUCUAGAAUUUUCCAGCAACCGAAAGCGCAUGUCAGUGGUGGUCCGAACACCAACAGGGAAACUGCGACUGUAUUGCAAAGGAGCAGAUAAUGUCAUUUUUGAGCGGCUGAAUGAAGCAUCCCAGUAUAAAGACCUGACUGUAGCCCACCUGGAACAGUUUGCCACUGAAGGUUUGCGCACUCUGUGUUUUGCGUAUGUGGAUCUGGAGGAGAGUGUGUAUCAGGAGUGGCUGAAGAAGUAUAACAGCGUCAGUACGGUCCUGAAGGACCGUGCUCAGAAGCUGGAGGAGUGCUACGAGCUGAUAGAGAAGGACCUGCUGUUGCUCGGGGCGACAGCUAUAGAGGACCGCUUGCAGUCGGGCGUCCCAGAGACCAUCUCCACUCUCAUGAGGGCUGACAUCAAGAUAUGGGUUCUGACCGGAGAUAAGCAGGAGACCGCAAUCAACAUUGGUUACUCCUGUAGGCUGGUGACACAUGGCAUGUCCCUCAUCAUCGUCAAUGAAGACUCUCUGGAUGCCACUCGAGCCACUCUGAUAGCCCACUGCUCGUCUCUGGGGGAUUCUCUGGGGAAGGAGAAUGAGCUGGCCCUCAUCAUCGAUGGACAGACACUCAAAUAUGCUCUGAGCUUCGAAGUCCGGCAGGCCUUUCUGGACCUUGCACUGUCCUGCAAGGCAGUCAUCUGUUGCAGGGUGUCUCCUCUGCAGAAGUCAGAGAUAGUUGACAUGGUGAAGAAACAUGUAAAGGCCAUCACUCUGGCUAUCGGAGACGGAGCGAAUGAUGUGGGAAUGAUCCAGACUGCUCAUGUAGGAGUGGGCAUCAGUGGCAAUGAGGGAAUGCAGGCCACAAACUCAUCUGAUUACUCUAUAGCACAGUUCUCGUACCUGGAGAAGCUGUUGUUGGUUCAUGGAGCCUGGAGCUAUAACCGUGUUACUAAAUGCAUCCUGUACUGUUUCUAUAAGAACGUGGUGCUUUACAUUAUAGAGCUGUGGUUUGCCUUUGUGAAUGGCUUCUCUGGGCAGAUCCUGUUUGAGCGCUGGUGCAUCGGCCUCUACAAUGUGAUUUUCACCGCACUCCCUCCCUUCACGCUGGGUAUUUUCGAUCGACCGUGCAGCCAACAGAACAUGCUGCGGUUCCCACAGCUGUACCGCAUCACACAGAACGCAGAAGGAUUCAACACCAAGGUGUUUUGGGGUCACUGUAUAAAUGCUCUUAUCCAUUCCAUCAUCCUCUUCUGGUUUCCACUAAAAGUAUUGGAGCAUGACACCCCUUUCGGGAAUGGCAACAGCGUGGACUACCUGUUUGUGGGAAACAUUGUCUACACGUAUGUGGUGGUCACAGUAUGUCUGAAAGCUGGUAUGGAGACCACAGCAUGGACAAGGUUCUCUCAUCUGGCUGUGUGGGGCAGUAUGGUGCUCUGGAUGCUCUUCUUCGCCGUUUAUUCUGUUAUCUGGCCGCACAUUCCCAUAGCCCCAGACAUGCUGGGCCAGGCUGGCCGAGUGAUGCAGUGCUGGAGCUUCUGGCUGGGUCUCAUUCUGGUGCCUGCAGCGUGUCUGCUCAAAGACGUGGCAUGGAACGCAGGGAGGCGCACAGUGAGGAAGACUCUGCUGGAGGAGGUGCAGGAGCUAGAGGCUCGGGCUGUGGACCCUGGAGCGGCCGUCCUCAGAGAUGCCAGCGGCCGCAGUCUGAAUGAGCGUGCCCACCUGUUGACUCGGGUGUUCAGGAAGACUCCUUCCAGUGUGGGGCGCUCCAACUCUGUGCAGCAGACCGUGUCACAUGGCUAUGCAUUCUCCCAAGAAGAACAUGGAGUGGUAUCCCAGUCCCAGGUCGUGCGCUCCUACGACACCACCCGUCAGCGGCCCAGCGUGUAGCUAGCCGAUGCCUCACGACGGAGUUGCCAUGGCGACAGCCUACACAGACUUUUAAAGGGACAUGCUCAUUCUGAGCGAUCCUGCUGUGGCCUUACUGGACCUCUGAAGUGAACUGGACUGAACUAGGCUUGGCCUGCGCUUCCCUGGGCCUUGCUUUACAUUAACCAAGCCUUUAUAGGCAAGACUGAACUGCUGGGGAAAGUGGGUGGGGUUUAUGGGUGGGA